CGCGUUGUCGCCUUCGAUUUGUUCGGCACCGAUGGGGUGGAACCCCGCGGGUCUGCGUCGCGAAGAGGAUAUACCGGGCUCCUCGCGACGAAGGACCUUUGUUCACAGUGGGCUCCGCCACCGGAAUAAUUCGACUGCCAUUUUUCUCGCUUUAUGCCGGGCGACCGAGCUAUCGUUAAUGUGCGAGUGUUGGACCAUCCCCACGCACAGGCAAGUAUGCGAGUCCCAUCGCGCCCAUCGAGCGACGUGGUAGGGGCAGGAGCGAGUAUACCAGUCUUCUCUUAGCAUCGAUCCGAGCAGGAUGUCGUUCGAUUCUUUGCGAGCCGUGCUUCCCGAUACCCGUGCAUCUGCGUAAAUGAAUGAGAUUAGAUCAUCGGACUGAAUCGCGGCGAAUCUGUGGCAUAAGUUAGUGGAGAACGUUUGCGACACCCGUUAGUACGUACGAGGACAGACGUGAGAAGAGACUCGAGGAUUGCGCAAGGAUAAUGUAACGCGGACAAGUCGACCACCUGAUUAAUCUCGAAAUGAAGAAGAGAAGAAGCAUGUAACCUGGAUUAAUCGCAGCAGUGUAAAUAUGAAGACCGAGAUGGAGACGGAGUCCGAGUGCGCGGGUGACGUUCUAUGCCCGAACAACAACAACAAUAAUAACAAUAACACCAGUAACAACAACAUCGGCGUCGCGAAGAAGGGCGGCAGCGAUAACGGAUACGACACUAUCGAGAUGGAUUGCGGCGGCUGCGGAGAGAGCGUCCGCGAACGCACCGUCCUGUGCGUGGGAGGCCGUACGUGGCACUCCAGAUGCCUAAAGUGUUACGCCUGUGCCAGGCCCCUGCACGAUCAGCACUCGUGCUUCCUGCGCGGCAUGCGGCUCUACUGCAGGCACGAUUACGCCUUGACUUUUGGCGCAAAAUGCGCCAAGUGCGGACGCAGCAUGGGCGCCGGGGAUUGGGUGAGAAGAGCCAAGGACAGGGUCUAUCACCUGGCCUGCUUCGCUUGCGACGCUUGCUCUCGUCAGUUGUCCACCGGCGAGCAAUUCGCGCUCCUGGACGCCCGGCUCCUCUGCAAGGCGCACUAUCUCGACGUGGUCGAGGGUAACAACACGUCCUCGUCGGAGGACUGCGACUCCGAGCACGGUGGUAAAGGCAGCAAGACCAAGCGCGUGAGGACGACCUUCACCGAGGAGCAGCUGGCGGUUCUCCAGGCCAACUUUCAGAUGGACAGCAACCCCGAUGGCCAGGAUCUCGAGAGAAUAGCCCAGGUGACCGGCCUCAGCAAGAGGGUCACGCAGGUCUGGUUUCAAAACUCCCGUGCGAGGCAGAAGAAGCACAGCGGCAAGAUUAAGACUCAGAUGCAUCAUUCGCCACCGAUGCAACACCAUCCCGUCGAUCUGUACCCCAGUGGGGUGAACGUUGUGGGCGCUUAUCUCGGCGGUUAUCAGGCGAGUAAUGGCAGCGAGAGUCCUGGUAGCCCGUUAACGCCACUCACCCCGUUGACGCCGCUCACCCCGACGACGCCGAACCACUUGCAGGCCCAAUUCUGUCAUCCAGCGGGAUAACUUGAUAUGCAAAAUUUGCUUUUUUUGCGCAACAAUCAAGUACGAAAAAAUACUUGGAAACAAUCUCGUCGAUCGUGUCUUGUACAUACCGAGGAAAUGUAAAAUAAACGCGUCCAUCGAUAAUAUUAUAUAAUAUAUAUAUAACGUAUAUAAAAACAUGGUACAAUUUCAUAUUUAAAGUUUAGACUAGGCUUAUUUAUUCCACAAAUUUGUUGUAACAAUUUAUAUUAUAUUUGCGAUAGUGGAUUGAAUUUCUUAAAAUUAAAUGAGAAAAACAAUCCGACGCUAUUGCGUCGUUUUGAAUUUUUGACGUGAAUACCCUUAUAAAGUUGUAUAUAAAAAUGACUUGUAGUUUUUGUACAUAUAUUUCCUGUAGAAUACGAAUAUGAAAAAUAUUAAGAGAAAUUCUGAAAAUUUGAUAUCGCACUUUCGUCGCUGCAAUAUUAUAAAUCAUAUUG